CUUGGAUUCACAACUCCAAGAAAUGCAGCUCUCCCCAGAGUUCAGUGGCCAUCUGGUGAGAGUGAAAUCGGAACCACCUGAUGUUGCAGGUCUUGCAGAAGAGGCCCAGAUACAGCAACAGCACCGCAGAGAGUCUCCAUCAGGAGGAGUGACGACUGAGAUGUCUCCCAUUAAGGAAGAACCUCCGGAGGACUCUUCGAAUGAACGUCCAAUGGCAGUUGUGAAAACAGAGCCUUAUAACGACGAAAUCUUGGCAGGGCAGGACAUGAUGGGACACAGCUGUGAUUCAACAUCAGAAGGUGUAAGAGGAAGCAGUGGUACACUCCAUAUUAAGGAGCAGCACAGAGGCACCUGUGAUCAAGAAUCUUCUGGUUGCACUUCUUCAAAUGCACAGUUGAAGAUCAGCACAGCAACAGUUGAGCUGCAACUCGACAACGCUGCACUAGUCACUAUGAACAAUCGACCCACUCAGGGACCUCCAGAGCAGAGCAAGCCACGUGCACUUGCAUGCACCUCGAAAGCCAGUCUGAAAUGCCACGUGUUUGCUCACGGUCACAAUGAGUCUGAAAAGUGUCCUGCUACUCCUCCAUUGGAUGUUCAGAUGGCAGAGAUGGACUCUGAGUGCAACAUGUGUGUCUCUGAAUUCUCGUGGUCUGCAAAUGAAGACAACGAUGAGUCAGGGUAUACUGCAGAUGCGCACUGCAGAAGCACACUACACUGCCAUAAGCGGACACACAAAAAUGUGAAGCCAUACCGGUACAUUGUCUGCCCUGCGGAGUUCGGCCAAAGCGGACAACUACGGCGUCACAAGAGGACACCCACAGAAGAGAAGCCAUACAAGUGCGAUAUCUGCCCUGCUGAGUUCAGCCGGAGUGGGCGACUGCAGGAUCACAAGCGGACACACGCAGGAGAGAGACCGUACAAGUGUGAUGUCUGCCCUGCGGAGUUCAGCCGGAGCGGGUACCUACAACAUCACAAGUGGACACACAUGGGUGAGAAGCCAUACAAGUGCAAUGUCUGCCCUGCAGAGUUCAUCCGGAAUGGGCACCUACAGGAUCACAAGCGGACACACACAGGCGAGAGACCAUAUAAGUGUGACCUCUGUUCUGCAGGGUUCGGACAUAGCACAACCCUGUCACGUCACAAGCAAACACACACGAGUGAGACGCCAUACAAGUGCGACCUUUGUCCUGCAGGGUUCAGACAGAGCAGAAACCUGUUACGUCACAAGCAAGCACACACCGGCGAGAAGCCAUACAAGUGCAACGUCUGCCCUGCGGAGUUCACCGAGAGCGGGUACCUACGACGUCACAAGCGGACACACACGGGCGAGAAGCCACACAAGUGCGAUGUCUGCCCUGCAAAGUUCAGCCGGAGCGAGUAUCUACAGCGUCACAAGCGCACGCAUACAGGCGAGAAGCCAUACAAGUGUGAUGUCUGUCCUGCGGAGUUCAGCCAGAGAGGGCACCUGCAGGAUCACAGGCGGACUCACACAGGUGAGAAGCCAUACAAGUGCGAUCUCUGUCCUGCAGUGUUCGGACAGAGCACAACCCUGUCACGUCACAAGCAAACACACACGUGCGAGAGGCCAUACAAGUGCGAUCUUUGUCCUGCAGUGUUCAGACACCGCAGAACCUUGUCACGUCACAAGCACAGACACACGGGCUUGAAGCCAUACAAGUGCAAUGUUUGCCCUGCGGAAUUCGGCGAAAAGAGGUACCUACAGCGUCACGAGCGGACACACACGGGCGAGAAGCCAUACAAGUGUGAUGUCUGCCUUGCGCGAUUCCGCGAGAGAGGGCACCUGCAGCGUCACACGCGUACACACACGGGUGAGAAGCCAUACAAGUGCGAUCUUUGUCCGGCAGAGUUCAGGCAGAGCACGACCCUCUCACAUCACAAGCGAACGCACAUGGGUGAGCAGCCAGAAAAGCGCGACCUCUGUCACGCAGUGUUAUCCUCAGCACAAACUUGAGGUGCGAUACAAGUGCACUCUCUGUCCUGCGGAAUUCAGCCACAGAGUAGACAGGCGGACACCCACAGGCGAGAAGUCAUAGAAGACCAUUCUACAAACCUGGGGCACAGAACAAACCAGCAGUGCAACAAGGAAACUUGCAUGGAUGUGAAGCUGUACGAAUGCAACUUCUGUACUGCAGAGUUCAUGUACAGCACAAACUCAGCAUGUAGCCAGGACACACUUGGGAUAUCGACCAUACAAGUGCAGAGGGCACAUACACGUACGUGUACACGUGAAAGAGGACUACCAAGUGUCAGUUCUGUUCUGUCGCAUGUCCUCUACCCACAGACCUGAAGAAGCACAUGAUAAUGCAAUAAGAGGAAAGGUUGUACGGACGCAAUCUGUAUCUUGCUGUAUUUUGUUUCUGCUGGAUGUUUAGAAACUCGCAUGCAUGAGCAGGCCGAGGUUAAAGAAAGAUUGGGGCUGAAUUGGCUGGUGGCACAUGUAAAAAAAAGUGCAAGGAAAGGACACAUUCUCACUGGCCAUGGACUGCUAACCAAGGUUUGUUUGGGUGAACAACGUGCAUUGCAUUGUUUCACCUUUUUAUUCCUUUGUCAAAGAAUGCUUCUUAUAUGCCCCACAAGGCUGAUAACAUAAAUAAAUCAACCCAGGGAAGUACAUUAAAGAAUUUCUACAAGAUGUGGCAACUUCUGAGAAGAAUCUUGAGAAUUACGUUUUGUGUCACGAGCAUUUGUUGAAUGCAUUCAAAUUUGUGAAUGACAUCCGAAAAGUAAUCAUUGAGAGAAUCGUGAUUGGUACGCGGGAAUAAAAGUGGUGAACUCAGUA